GACUCUCAUCUUCCUCCUUUCCUUCACCUCCAUCCCACCACUCGUCAUGUUCUCUGCUUUGCGUUCUGUGCGCGCGUUUGUUCCCCGCGGCGGGAACUAUGCUGGCAUUCCGCGGUCCAUGAUUGCGCGGAACAUGAACACGAAGGUGCAGGGCCCUGUGAUCGGUAUUGACUUGGGUACCACGAACUCGUGUGUAUCCGUCAUGGAGGGCAAGAGCUCGCGCGUGAUCGAAAACGCCGAAGGCGCACGCACGACGCCGUCCGUCGUCGCGUUCACGAAGCACGGCGAGCGCCUUGUCGGACUCCCUGCGAAGCGUCAGGCCAUCGUCAACUCGGCGAACACCGUGUACGCGUUCAAGCGGCUCAUCGGUCGCCAGUUCAAGGACCCGGAGGUGCAGAAGGAUAUGGAGCACUGGCCGUUCAAGGUCGUGCCCAAGUCGGACGGACGCCCGGCAGUCGAGGUUGAAGAUGGGGGGAAGAAGGUGACAUACUCACCCGAGCAACUGUCGUCGAUGGUUCUCGUGAAGAUGAAGGAGACUGCGGAACAGUUCCUGAACAAGAAGGUCAACCACGCUGUGAUCACUGUUCCGGCAUACUUCAACGACGCCCAACGGCAGGCAACGAAGGAUGCCGGUACCAUCGCUGGCCUCGACGUCCUCCGUGUGAUCAACGAGCCCACGGCAGCUGCUCUCGCCUACGGUCUCGACAAGACCGACUCGUCGGUCAUCGCCGUGUACGACUUGGGAGGUGGUACCUUCGAUAUCUCCAUUCUGGAGAUGCAGAAGGGCGUGUUCGAGGUCAAGUCGACGAACGGUGACACCCACUUGGGUGGUGAGGACUUUGACUCCGUGCUCGUCAAUCAUAUCCUCAACGAGUUCAAGAAGGAGACGGGCACGGACCUGAGCCAGGACCGCAUGGCCAUCCAGCGUAUCCGUGAGGCGGCGGAGAAGGCGAAGAUUGAACUGUCUUCGACGUCGCAGACGGAGAUCAACUUGCCGUUCAUCACCGCUGACGCCUCCGGUCCCAAGCACAUCAACCACAAGCUUCUCCGCUCGCAGUUCGAGUCGCUUGUCGCUCCCUUGGUCCAGCGGACGAUCGACCCGUGCAAGAAGGCCCUUGCUGACGCUGGUGUCAAGGCCAGCGACAUCAACGAGGUCAUCUUGGUUGGUGGUAUGACGCGCAUGCCGCGCGUCGUCGACACCGUCAAGAGUGUCUUCGGCCGUGAGCCUAACAAGGGUGUCAACCCUGACGAGGCUGUCGCCAUCGGUGCCUCCAUCCAGGGUGGUGUCUUGGCCGGUAACGUCACCGACAUUCUCCUGCUCGAUGUCACCCCCUUGUCUCUCGGUAUCGAGACGCUCGGUGGUAUCAUGACGAAGCUGAUCACUCGUAACACCACCAUCCCGACGAAGAAGUCGCAGACCUUCUCGACGGCCGCGGACGGGCAGACCGCGAUCGAGGUCAAGGUCUACCAGGGUGAGCGUGAGCUCGUCCGGGACAACAAGCUGCUCGGCUCGUUCAACCUUGUCGGCAUCCCCCCCGCGCCCAAGGGUGUCCCCCAGAUCGAGAUCACCUUCGACAUCGACGCUGACGGUAUUGUCCACGUGACCGCGAAGGACAAGGCGACGAACAAGGACCAGUCGAUGACGAUUGCCAGCUCGUCUGGUCUGAGCGACAAGGACAUUGAGCGGAUGGUGUCUGACGCUGAGCGGUACGCUGAGCAGGACAAGGCCCGCAAGGACCUCAUCGAGGAGUCGAACAAGGCUGACUCUGUCUGCUCUGAUACCGAGAAGGCGAUGAACGAGUUCAAGGACCAGUUGGACGCCGCCGAGAAGGAGAAGGUGCAGAAGCUCGUCACGGAGCUGCGCGAGAUCGCUGUCAAGGGCCAGGCUGGCGACGCCUCCGUCACCGCGGAGCAGAUCCGGGAGAAGAUCAGCGAGACGCAGCAGGCGUCGCUCGGUCUCUUCCAGAAGGUGUACGAGAAGCGCAACGCCGAGGAGCAGUCCUCGUCGUCGUCAGAGUCUACCGAGAACAAGGAGGAGAAGAAGGAUUAAGCAUGGUCCGUCUCUUCGCUCUCCUCGUCCGACCCGUCCCUCGCUGCCGCCCGCCCGCCCGCCCGCGCUCCCUUAAUCCCGCCCAUCGCCCGCUACCUCACACUCGCAUGCAUGCAUCUUAUUAGAGUCGUUACUUAAAAGUAAUCAGCACGUACAUCACUUAUAGUCUGCUUUUCACGACGCACCUGUCCGACAUUUGACAUCCCCCCGCCCCGCUCAGUACUGUUUUGCACGCUUUUUAUGCUCUACCCCGUUGUAUAUUGUCGCCUAGUUUGCAUGCCCUCCGCAAUGUAUGAGAAGAUGAGCAGCUAGCAUCUCUAAUGGAA